AUGCGUGCGGCCGCGGAAAGUGCCUCUCACGCCUCAGCAGCAGGCGAUUCGUCGCCUGUUGUCGUGAAUCCUCCACGUGGUGAGUCACCACGUGCGACAGGUGCAUCCGUUGCGUCUGCAGCGGGAACCUCGAAUCGUAAUCCAGCCGAUUCUGAGAUAGAGCUCAUCUAUUCUGGCGAGUCGGAUGAUGCAUCCGACUCGUAG